CAACCUCAACCCCAGACUCAAACCUUGUCCCAAAUAAGGCCCCAAAAUCAACAACUGUCACAGAUGCCAGUGUAUGAUGUGACUCUAAUGCAGACACAACAUGGCCAGAGUGAGCAACCAAUGUGGAUGCAGGUACAACAUUUACAAUCCCACUCUUCUUAUCCCCAGGCUCAGCAAUAUCCAUCACCUGAGCAUGUUAAUGUCCGCGCUCAAAUACCACAACAACUACAACAAACUAAUGUAGUGUAUCCUCCACAGCCUCACCUUCAACCUCGUCUACAGGCCCAAUCCCAACCUCACAUUCAGACACAAGCACAUAUGCAGCCACAGUUUCCCCUUGCCCAGCUUAAUCCUCAGUUUCCUCCACAAUUCAGAUCAAUAGUUCCAACACCAAGCCAACCCCAGACUCAAUCACUGUCGCAAUGUAUGCCCGAACCACAGCUCGCACAACAAUCUAAAGUUCAGCCAUCCCUCCAACCCAAACCUCAGUUUCUGCCCUUAUAUAAACCUGAACUGCAGUUGGUUCAUCAAGCCAUUGUCCAGCCUACCACUCAAACCAACGCUAAAUCAGUGCCACAAUGUAAACCUGAACCCCAGAUAGCCCAAUCACUACCUGAGUAUAUACCUGAAUCCCAGCUGGCUCAUCAGGCUAAAUAUGUAUCACCAACACAAAGCAGUGUUGGAUCAAUGCCACAACCUUCACCUGAACUCCAGUCACCACAACUCAAGAUUCAGUCACCAAUCAAACCAGCUACACAAUUACAACAAAAGGUCCAAAAAUCACCUGAACCCAUGUCUCAUCUGCAGCCACAACCUCCAAUUCAAUCUGCUCCUCAAUUCACUCAAAAGCCAACCCAUUCAAUCAUCCAUUCCCAGGUGUGUGUUUUGCCUCACUCCCAGGCAGAAUCACCAGACCUCUGCUUGACACCACCUGUCCUUUCUCAAGCACCUCCCCAAGCCUAUUCUGAGGCCUAUGCUAAGGCCCAGGCUUUGGCUAGAAACGGUUUUGAGGAGGCUAAGCACUGCCUCCAGGGGCACAUCCUGGAGGCCAUCACUAUCUUCAAAGAUAAAUGCAUACCAGAUGGACAGGCAUCAGCGACAGAUACUCUGAAAACCCUGGAUCCAGAGUUACUGGAGGAAUUCCUAAGAGCAGCAAAGGGCAUGGAAGCCUUCUGUACACCUUCCCAGCUCAAAGACAUGGAAACCUUCACUCAGUCUGUCAGGUCUCAGUGGGAGUCUUGCUUCUCAGCUGAGUGCAGACUCCAGGCAGGCAACCAUUUGGAGACCUUAAAAGAGUUGUGUGACAUGCUCAGUCCAGAGGACGCUCAUCGUCUAGCCCACACUCAGUUGAGGGAGUGUGAGAGUAGCUUGGCUGCCAUCCAGCGCCAAUUCAGUGGAGACCAAGAAGCCCUACUGCCUGAUUCAAGGAUUCCUGUUGUAUUCAAUGAUGAUCAGACCCCACAAAAAGAAACUGAAAGUGUUAAUCCAUCAAUUUCAACUGAGGCGUCGCAGAUGAAAAUCAUGACAGCAAGUGUAGAGCAAAAACCGGUUAAAAAGCAGCCCCCAGUUGUGGAAGAAGUCAUCAAAAAGGAAGCUUUAGAGAGAUAUGAUAAUUGCAAGAAGUCUCUGCAAGUCCAGCUGUCUAAAAAUGAACAGAGCAUCAGCGAUGUUCCCUCAGACUCUGGGACUCUAAAAGGUCUUCACACUCGCCUUCAGGAAAUUCAGUUCUUGAGGCAGGAGACGACAUCUCUGUGGUCUGAGUUUGCAAACCAGUGCUCCCACUUGAGUGAAGAUGCUGGUCUGGAGCAGGAGAUAUCAGAGCUUGAGGAUCAGUGGCGGGCUCAACAGUCCAACCUUCAGAGGAGAGGCAGCUCACUGGGUGCUGCUCUUCGACAAAUUGACUCAACAGAGAACCACAUGGUGGAUUUCAGCGACCGCUUGGACCGUUACCUUAGACAACCCAAAGACAUCACUGCCUUCACACUGGCCAACACUAACAUCCUGAAAGACAUCAAGGAACUGGAUGAAAAUAUCCAGAGUGAACUGGAUCAGCUUUCACGUCUGGAGCCUGAAUCCAGUAACCUUGAUCCCAGAGACUGCCUACCUCUCUCCCGUGAGGUAGAAGCCCACAGAAACAGCCUGGAUCAGCUUCGGCAACAAGUUCGCAAGAGUGAGGCGGCUGCUCGCGCUCUUGACCGCUUCCUCGUGUCACUUCGCACCUUAGAGGAGGACAUCGCCGGAGUCCAGGGAGCCCCCUGCAGUGACACUGUGGCUCUGCAAGACUGUCGAGCCAAGCUCGCUGUUAUUAAACAGAGUGUGGGCAGUCUGAAAGACAAGGCGCCGCAGCUAGAUCUGCUGUUGCAGGGGGCUCGGCUGACGGUCACAAAGGAUGGUUCUCCUGCCUCCUGUCUAGACAUGGUAAAUGUCUUGUUGAAGAAGCUGGGAGAAGCUGAUAGCGGACUUGUAGGUCAGCAGCAGAGCCACAAGAAGGGAAACCAGAGCAAAUCUUUGGGAUUGAGGAAGAGGACCCUGUUGGGAGAAGUGAGAAAGCUCCAGGACACCAUCGAAACACGAGGCCUAACUGAGGCGUCCAUGCCAGCCGUGCAACAGAGACUUCGGGCUCUGUCUGAUUUGGAUGACCAGCGGCAGACUCUGAACUCAGAGCUCCAAAUUCUCAGGGACCUUCCUGAGUGUCAAGGAGAAGGUCAAAAUCCCCUUGAGGAGCUAGACACUCUAUACAAGCAGACUGAAACAUCUUUGACUGACAGGAAGCAGCAGUGCAGCAUCCUGAUGGAGCUGCUGAAGAAGUUCCAAAGCUGUCGCAGCGGGCUAAGUAACACCAUGCAGAGAGCGGAGCAGACCAUCAGUGAGCAAGCCUCCUACCUGGGCAAAGACAACCUUCAGAGGAUCAUAACCAAGGUCCAGGACAUUAAGAAGGAGCUAAGUGGCCUCGGUGAGCCGAUGGAUGAGUUCAGGGGAGUUUCUAAGCAGCUGCAGUCUACACUGAAGAAGUUUCCGGACUGCAGAGAGGCUCCAUUUGAGACUGAGGCUGACAUACUGAUGGACAACUGGCUGGAUAUGACCGAGAAAACAGACUCAUACAUGGACAACCUUAAGGUGGGCCUGGAACUGUGGGAAAAGCAAUUGAUGUUGGGGGGAGAGAUUGAUGGCUGGGUGGCCACCAAACUGGCACUCUUUGCGGAAAGCCACCCCUUCCACAAACAGGAGCAAGUUGUGGCAAUGAAGGAAGAGGUGCAGGCCCAUGAGGAAAACAUUGAUAAUUUCCACAAGAAGUCUGAGGAGAUCCAGGAAAUGCUUCAGAGUCAGGAUGCACCACUUGAACUGCAAGUGAUGGAAACACAGCUGAGGAAGAGGAUGGAGCAGGUGAAGGAGCUGUUUGCAGACUGCACCGACGUCUUUGAGGAGCUGAUGAUGGUGAAGACACAUUUUGCGGAGAAAAUUGCAGAGUGCCUGUCAGCCCUUGGGAACAUUCACUGUUCUAUCAGUGAGCUCCAUGCCUCAGAACCAAAAGCAGAGACCCAGAUGCAGGAUCUAGAGGCAGGUCUAGAGGACCAGGAGAGGCAGGCUGAGUCCGUGCUGAAGGAGAUUGCUCUGGUCUCCAGUGUGGCGAGUCCACAGGUGCUGGAGACUCUUUCGGCGGACUGCGAAGGACUGACAGCUGCCAUCGCCCGCGCCAAGGACAUAAUCCACCUGAAGAGAGAGGAGCGGGAAAAAGGCUUCCUCACGGUCAUUGAAGAUGAGAGGCAGUCAUUUGAGGACUGGUACCAGGACCUGCAGCUGGCUGUCUAUGAGUGCUUCGAGGACCCAGAGAGUAGGUUGGAUGUAGAAACGUCUUUGCAGAGACUGACAGGCUUCUUGAAGACCAACGCUGCAGAGCAACGUCUGGACCAGCUGAAGGAUCAUCUGGACAUCGGCCGCCAACAGAUUGAUGCUCAACGGCUGACCGAGCUCGACAACUGGCUGAAAGAUGAGCGCGAGGAGGUGCUCAGGUUCACCAGACACUGUUUGAUUAGGCAGAAACAGAUAGAGUGUCUCCAUGCAGACUUAUGCGGUCUGCAGACACAUCAUGAUAGCCUCCACGAGUGGCUGCAGGACAAAGAGAAUCAAAGUACAACCCCUGUCAAAGCCAAACAUCUCCUCAAGGACCUCCAGGAUGAAAGACAAAGAGCGGACGCCGUCAUUGAGCUCCUUGCUUCAGUGAGCCGCCAGGGCGUUAAAGCUGACCCGCUCGUGAAGGACAGCGACGACCUAAUACGGCGCUACCGAAAGCUGGAAGCCAGACUGCAGACACAGGCGGAGGCCCACGACAUCUUGGAGGGGGAACUGGAGCAGUUUAUGAGCCAGUCUGAGAGAACCAAAGGCUGGUUUAAAGACCUCCUACAGCCUUUUACCUUAGCAGAUGGAGACAAGCAGUGCAAGGAGAUGAGCCACCAAGCAAAGGCUCUUCUGAGCACAAAACCAGAGGGAGACUCCAAGGUGAACCAGCUGCGAUGCCUGAGCCAGAGUCUUUGCGAGCAGGAGCAGUUGGAGCAGAGCAAGAAACAGCAAGUCCAGCAGUCGCUUCAAGACGUGGAGGACGAAUGGCAAGCUGUCCUCCAGGCUGCUGAAGAUACUUUAAACAAGUCGGAGAAGCAAGCUUGCCUACACCAAGAAAUGGAUGCUUUCAGAGUCCAGAGUGACAGCUUGCAGUCCUGGAUCAGCGACUCUGCUGAGGACAUUCAGUCUCCUGGAGGUUGCACGGAUGAAAAGCAGCAUGACAUUCUGCUCAUUAAAACAGACUUGGGGUCUAAGCUCCAGAACCUUAAGGAGCAGGGCGAGAGUCUGUGCAACAGUGUGGACUUGGAUGAAGGCUUUCGAAAGGAGAUCCAGGACACAAUAAGACUAAGAGAAGAGCAGUGGCAGACGGUAACGAAGGCUGCUGAGGAGAUGGAGACUGCAGCCGCUUGCGACAAGGACGUUGCUGCACUCCGAAGUCGCAUCAAGGCCACCCAGUCUUGGAUCAGGGAGCAGAGGCACAAGCUGCUGUCGCUUGGAAGUCACAUGCUGCUCCAGGAAAGACUGCAAGUUACACAGGCUGUUAUGGCUUCCGAACAUGAGGGCCAAUCAAAAGUUUUGGACUUGAAGAAGGAAGAGGAGAACCUGGAUACGAGCAGAAGGCCCGAGGUGACGCAGUUGGUGUUAGACCUGGAGCAGCAGUGGAGGUCCGUCCUGCAGACGUGCAAAGAGGCCGAAUUGCGAGGUUUCGCUGACGACUUUGAGACUCAGAGUAAAACCACGCAGUCAUGGGUGAGAGAGCAGGAGAAGAAGCUGCAAUCCGUCAGCGUCCACGCUCCACCUGAAGAGAGAUGUCGCACAAUCCAGGAUGUUCUGCAGUCCAAACCUGACGGCGACUGCCAGGUGAACAACCUGAGGAGGCGGGGCCAGAGUCUUUGUGACCGUCAGGACGUAGAGGAGGGCAGAAAGUGUCAAGUCCAGCAGACGGUCCAAGACACGGAGGAGCAGUGGAGGGAGGUUUUGCAGGUCGCCAGAAAGCUGAGAGAGGAUAUAGGAGCUCAAAUGAACCAAGAGAUGGAGAGGAGAGUUUUGGAGCUGACAGAAUUCAAAAGCCUCCAUCAGGAAACCAACCACUGGCUCUCAGACCUCCAGCAACAGCUGGAUUCUCUAACCAGUCAAUCAACAGAACAGGGAAGACUACAUGCCGCACUGACCAUCAUGGGCUGCAAGUCCGAGGGGGAUAUUAAACUUCAAGAGAUGAAGAGACGCUACCAGAGUUUAUGUGCCGAGGAACUCGAGCAGCACCAAAAAGCGGAUCUUGAGCGGAUCGCACGGGACACACAGGACCAGUGGACCGCCGUCCUCGAGAGUGCCAAAGCGACGCUGAAUGUGUUGGAGAAGCAGAGUGCUCUGAAGUGCCAACUGAGGAAGCACAAAGAGGCCAGGGAAGAAGUCCAAACCUGGCUGGAAGAACAGCAACUGAGCCUCAAUUGUCAUAAAGAUCAUGAAGUGACCAUAACCACUGCACAGGCCAUCCUGAGCUCCAAACCCAACAGAGACUCUGAGCUGGCCGAGCUGAAAAGACAAAGCCACAGCCUCUGUGACCACGAGGACGUCGAGGAUGCUGUCAAGCGGGAGUCUCAACAAGCAGUCAGAGACUUGGAGGAGCAGUGGAGGACGCUGCUCCACGAUGCUGAGAACUCGCUGAAGAAAGCAGAGGUUCUGUACUCGCUCUCGAGGGAGCUGCAAGCCUUCUUUAGCCAGGCAGCUAGCACUGACACCUGGUUGGAGGAGUUGCAGGCACAGCUUGAGACCACCGGGACAGACACUUUAGGCAGCCAGGUCCAGAUAGAGGACCGUCUGAAUACGGCACAGACCAUCUUGAACUCCAAGUCCAGUGGAGAGACUCGUGUGAUGGAGCUGCAGAGGCGUGUGCAGAAUCUGUAUGAACACGAGGACUUGGAGGAGGACAGUAGGCUGGAGGUCCAAACAAAGCUCAAAAAGGUGGAGGAGCAGUGGAGGACCAUCAUGCAGGCAGCGGAUGAGAGGAGCAGGCUACUACAGACGGUCGUGGGCAACCAGGUGUCCUGUCGGUACCAACAAGGACAAGUGCGGUCUCGUUUUGAGGAGCUACAAACACAGAUUUCCAGUUUGCCUCGCGACUUCUCCUGGCCAGGCUUGGGAGAGCGGAGGCAGGCGAUGGAACAAGCCCGGAGCCUGCUGGACAGGAGUGCAGCCCUGGGCCCCCUCCUCUCUGGUUUACGCACCAAGGCUGCAGAACUGUGUGAGACCACCCAGGACCCCGAAUGGGCUGAUUCAACCUGGGGUAGCAUUGAAGAAUCCAUCCCAAUUCUUCUCAAACAGUUAACAGAGGCGCUGGCAAACCUGGAGCGAGGAAUCAUGGCAGAGAGGCAAUGCACUCAGCUUUUGGAACAGCAUGAAGCGGCACAGGACUGGCUGAGAGAGCAGGUGAAAGCCCUGAAAGCGCCUCCAGAUGACAGAAAAGGUCUUCACAGUGCCAUCAACACACUGAAGGCGUUACUCCAGACUGUGGAUAGGGAGCAGAGAGAGAUGAAGGAGCUGGAUGCCGCCAGAGAUGAUCUCCUCAGCGUCUGCACCCCCGGUGGUCGGGAUGCUCUCACCCUGGAGGUUAGCCACCUGCACGAGCUCUGUGCCACCUCUGAGCAUGAUGUGAAGGACCACCUGGGGGCCUGCGAGGCCCGCUUGCGGGACCUGGAAUGCCAGGCAGCCCAAAAGACGAAGGCGCUGACGGAGAAAGCAACUGCUCUGCAGUGGGAGCUGCGAUCUUUGGACCAGGCGCUGGGAUACAGUGAACCGCAGGACAAUGUUGAACAGAUCCAACAGCACUGGCACAGCCUGCAGAAUUGUAAAAAGUCGCUCGAGGAAAUCCGCGGGAAAGUUGAUCAGCUGCAGGAGGAAGUCCGUUCUGCCAAUGAGCUGCCAAUAGAAAUAACCACCAGCGUCGACUCUCUGCGCCAACAACAUGACAGUUUGCAGACUAGGCUGAGGGAGCAUCAGCAAAGUUGCUCAACAAAUGCUGCUCGCUGUUUGACGAAUUCAAUCCAAGCACUGCAGGAAUGGACCCACAACCACAACAAGCCUUCAGAAUCCAUUGCAACUGUGCAGGAGGCAGCAGAUGAAGGGGAAAAGAUGCAGGCUAUUCUUCAGGAGGCACUUUCUCAUCAUCAAUUUCUGAGUGACUGUUUAAAGCAGGAUGUGUUUGACAAACUUUCAAAAGACAGUUCAGAAACACUCAGACAAGCAGGGACACUCCAGAUGUCUCUCUGUCACAACUUAAAGGAACUUAUGAAAAGGAGUGACCAAAAAACGGAUGAUCAGCCUAUGGAUAUUGAUGUCCAUUCUGAAGAGAAAAAGACAUCUUUGGUGGCACCUCCACGGAAGAACAAAAAGUCCAUUAGGAAAAAGUCUCAAGAUGGAUUCCAACAAGACAUUCCCUCAACUGACACAUCAGGACUGGAUCAGGAUGACUUGUCAGUUUCAUCGAGGUCCAGUGAGCAAACUGAUGACACUGAUUCAGGAAAAAACAAAGAAAUUCCAACAAGAAAGAAGUCAAAGACCAAGCAAGUAUCCCUGGAUCGUCUUUCAACAGGUGAAAUAGUUCAUGUGGAAACCAAGAAAACUGAACAUGAAUCUAAAAAGACUUCAGUCAGGGGGCAAGAUGAAGCUAUGGUGAUGGAUGAAAGAAAGACAACAUCUGCAGCGACUCUGUAUACCAAUGAUGUACCACAGGCUAAAGAAGGAACAGAAAAGCUUCAUGGUGCCACAACUCUAGAGUUAGUUUCUGUCAGUUCUACAGAAAGUAAGGAACCUUCACAAAGUAAGGAACCCUUACCUACAGAAGAAAGUACACAAAUAUCCGAUGCAGCUUUUGUGGAAGCAAAGAUCACUUCCAAUAGAAAGUCAACGCUUCUAGAAGACAGAGAACUUGGUGUCUGUAAUGAUUCAAACCUCGACAAAGCAAGAAAAGACUCUGAAAGUGGGGAAGCUUCUGCAGUAGCUCAACUCGUCACAGGAAUUAUUGAGGCAGCUAUGAAAGACAUUGCUUUACCUUCAAAGAAGGAUCAGGUAGAACUGGAACAUACUAAAACGUCCUCAGCUUCACAAGCUGUCACAGGCACUCCAGAGGUUGAUAUUGCCAAGGCAGGAAAGAUCUCACCACCCAAAAGAAAGUCAAAGAGUUCUAAGGUUUCUCAAGGGCAGCCUAAAACAAAAGAGCAAAUUGUUACAAAAGAAGAGUUAUAUCUGAAACCGAAAGAGAAAAAACUUGUAGGAGUUGAAGAACUUGGCGUUUGUGACGAUUCAAACCUUCAGAAAGCAACCGAAGACUCUAAAAGUGUGGAAGCUUCUGUCGUAGCCCAACUUGUCACAGGAAUCAUUGAAGCAGCUAUGAAAGACAUUGGUUUACCUUCAAACAACGUUCAGAUAGAACUGGAAAGUACAAACACCUCUUCAACUUCAAAAGUUUUCACAGGAAUCCCUGAAGUUAUUAUUGGGGAGGAAGAAAAGAUCCCACCACCCAAAACAAUUUUAAAGAGUUCAAAGAUUUCUCCAGAGCUGCCUAAAAGAGAGGAGCACAUUUUGACGAACAAAGAUUUCUAUCUGGAACCAAAACAGGAAAAACUUGUAGAUGUCAAAAAACCUAAUGUCUGUGACGAUUCAAACCUCAACAAAGCAGGAAAAGACUCUGAAAGUGGGGAAGCUUCUGUUGUAGCCCAAUUUGUCACAGGGAUAAUUGAGGCAGCUAUGAAAGACAUUGCUUUACCUUCGAAGGAGGAUCCGACAGAACUGGGAUGUACAAAAACGUCCUCAGCAUCACAAGUUAUCAGAGGAAUCCCUGAAGGCAUUGCGGAAGAAGGAAAGAUCUCACCAUCCAAAAGAAAGUCAAAGAUUUCUCCAGAGCUGCCUAAAAGAGAGGAGCAUAUUUUGACAGAAGACAAAUUCUACCUAGAACCAAAAGAAGAAAAGCUUGUAGAAGACCAAGAACUUAGUGUCUGCAACGAUUCAAACAUCCACAAAGCAACAAAAGACUAUGAAAGUGAGGAAGCUUCUGCAGUAGCUCAACUGGUCACAGGAAUCAUUGAGGCGGCUAUAAUGGAACAUGGUAUACCUUCAAAGAAAGAUGAGAUGGAACUGGACUCAAGAAAAACGUUCUCGGUUUCACAAGUUGUCACAGAAAUUCCUAAAGUUAUUGCGGAGGAAGGAAAGAUAUCACCACCCACGAGAAAGUCAACGGAUCGGAAACUUUCCCCCAAACUUCCAUCCAAAGAAAUGAUAGUGCCGACACAAACGUCAUUUGAGUCUAGCGUCAAAAGGGAAGAAGCCGUUACUCCUUUGCCAGUCUAUGCUGUUGGUGAUACAGAUGAUGACAAAGUAAAUCAAGACUAUGAAAGUGGAAAAAACACUUCAGAAGCACAUGCAGUAACAACAACACUUGAGGCUUCUCCUGAAGAUGAAAGAAAAAUCUCACCAUCCAAAAGAAAUUCAAAGAGAUCAACAGCUUUUCCAGGACUUCCUAAAAAGAUGGAAGAAAAAUCUGAUAGUCACAGACCUUGCUCUAAUACAGGAAAUGCUGAGACUACUGUGUUUGAGGAAAGCAAACUGAAAAAUGAGGCAGAGACUGAACAGAAGUCUUCUGAUUCCAUAGAGACGUCUGAGAACAAUAUCACUGAAGUAAUCAGUGACUUGCCAAUUGAAAGACAAGCAAAACAUUUUGAUGAUUCAAAUUCAGUGGUUGAUAAAGAUACAUGUUUUCAGCCUGAGGAGGGUGAACAAGUCGACACACUGGUAAAAGCAAGCAAAACCAAAGAUAAUGUUGUAGGAAAGAUCUCACCACCAAAAAGAAAACAAAAAAGUGGGAAGGUUUCAUCAGAAACUCCCAAAUUGCCAACUAGGAGAAAGUCCAAAAAUCAUGAUGUUUCCAAAGAGCCAGUUACUGAUGUCAGUGAAGGUUUUGAGACCAAGACUGGAGAUUCAAGACAAGGCCCUGAAAGUGAGGGGAAGUCUUCAGUUGAACUGCUGGUAAAAAGUAAACCGGACGCAGCUGUUUUGGAAGAUAGAAAGCUCUCGCCGCCAAAAAGAAAGUUAAAGGGUUUAAAGGCUUCAACAGAUGACAUGCACGACGCUAUCAAGAGCCUGCCAGAAGACACUGUUGGAUUAGAAGUUAAGAACAAGGAUAUAGCUACCGCUGAUGUUAAAGCAGAGACCAAGUCAGAUGAGAACACUUCUGAGUUGCAUGCAAAUGCAGCUGAAAAUGAUGGCACUAUACUUCCUCCCUUUGCACGUACUGGUGAGGCGUUUACAGAAAUGAUCUUAAUCGAUCAAACCAUGACUGCAAUGCAAACUGUUAUUGAGUUGGAACUGUUGGAAACAAGGGAAAUACCUGAAGAAGUGAAAGAUAAUAAUGUACAGGUACAGAUUAGUAAUGAUGAUGCCACCACAAGCUUGGAAAACCCGUCUGUAUUAUUAGAAAGUAUCCAAGGAAGGGCUGGUGUAGACAUGUUAGAGGUAAAUAUACAGAGUCAGGUAGAGGAUGGGCAGCUCUCUGUUAUGAGCAGUGCUGAACAGCAAGUGAUCCAAAGUGAGUCUGGUCAAUCCAGCUCUGUGGUUUUAACAAAACUUCAGCCAAAUAAAACUGAAUUGAUAGAAAUCAUAUUAUUUGACCCGGCCAUGGAAAAGAAAUGCCAGACUGACAGUCAGGUGGAACCUUCGGAAACCAGCCAGGAAACAUAUAUUGAAACCGUGGAACAAACAGCCGCCAUAUCUGCAAAUAGAAUGCAAGAUACUGCCUUGACAAUUCACAUUGGACCUGAAGUGCAUGUUUUAAAGGUAGAUGUAACAGCAUGUCAAGAGGAACAGGAAAACACACUAGAAACAGGACCAACAAAUGAAAUUGUUCAAAGUAAUAUUCAGUGUGAAAGACCGGCAGAAAACAAAGACACGUCAGACAAGAGUCUACCUAAGACAGCACUUGAGGAGUUACCAAAAAUCCAACAAAUUGUGAUUGAAAGUCAUUCUGCUCAGCUCCCCAAUGUUGAUUCAGAAGAAAAGUCAUGUCAAGCAGAGACAGACACUGGAGGAAGCACCCAAGAGGUCCAGGCCCGAACGUCUUCAAGUACUGAAGUUGAAAUGGCUUCAAAAAACAAGACUCAUGAGGGGGAGAAAGACAAACCCCCAACAGAAAUGUCACCAGUGGAAAAGCAAGAAGUAAGCCGCAAAAGACAUGACGACGAGGUUCAAAGUGAAUCAAUUAAAGCUAUUUCUGUUGCUUUUGAGCCAGUUCAGCCACUAGAGAGUGGAAACAACAAAGACUAUGUUGAAUUAAUCCAAGAUAAAGAUCAGUCACAACUAUGUGCUGAAUCCCUUGGACAGGAAGAACUCCAAAUAGGUGUCGGACAAGAGAUGGCGUCACCACAUGAAUCAUCCAGUGAUAUUCAGCCCAUCAUGUCAUUAAUUAAAAUGACAGAGGCAGAAGUUUCAGAAUUUGCUGAACCUCCUUUACACUCUGAUUUGGAUACUGUACCUGAUACUCAAACAGCGGAACAAGUUGAUAAUCCAGUAAGUAGUACAGCUCAAAAUGACAUUGGAAAGGUGGUCAGAUUUGGGCCACAAAAUAUUACCCACACAGACACUCCAACAAGUAACUCCGAGCCAAAUGAAGCGAUCUCUGAGAAUUUAAAUGUUGAUGCACUAGAAAAUUCUCCAUUGACGGACAUCUUCUCAGAGAUAAAGAUGGUCACAGACGCAGGACUUCUAAAGGAGGUCGAAGCGUGUGAGAAUCCUCUAGCAGAACUAAUGACCUCCAGCAGUGACCUUGAUGAUCGCCGGUGUAGGUUAGUGUUAAAACUCCUAAGCUGCAAGAGUCACUCCCCAGAGCUCCAGCCAACAGUUAUGAUGCAGCAGGUUAAGGAGGCUCAGGAAUGUCAAGACAUGGCCCAGGAUCAAGUAUCUCUGCUUUGCCAGCAGAGAGAUGUACCUGCUGAGAACUCAGACACUUUAGAGUUCGUGGAGGACCAGUGGAGAGCUGUUGCUCAGGAUGCAGCUGCUGUUGUCGAGAGCAAAGAAGCCCAUCUGCAGCUGGUGCAUAACUUCUGUCAAAUUACUCAAGAAACCAAGACUACAUUAGAAAGACUGGCAACUGAACUGGAUGCUGUAAGAAAUUCCCUGGCAGAGAGUAGCCACAAGAAGGCCGACCAGCUGAACUCCAUUAAGAGAGAUAUAGAAGAAAACAGGAGUGUCCUUGGGAAGUUACUUGGCAUCCACACAAAGCUGUAUCCCCUUCUUAGUUGCUCUAAUCAAGCAACUGCAAAAAUUCAGCUUCAGACUCUACAUCAUGAGUGGAGAGAAAUGGAGACAGUUCUAGAGAAGGCCUUGCAUCAUACUGAUAUUCAGUCCCAAAAGGCCAGCAGCCUUUUGCUGGAGUUGUCAUAUCUGCGGGGACAUUUAGAAUCAAUCGGUGAAGAACUUGAAGCUAAAUAUCCGAGUAGCCAAGUAUGCCAGUGGGAUCACAAGAAGGCGCAGCAGUUUUUGAUGGCACAUGCCGAGGUUAAAGCUGCUAACGUGAAAUAUCUCCAUUUGAAAGAAAGGUCGGAGUCACUACUCCUAAGUUUAUGGCCAAAAGAAACCGCAGAGAUAAACAAAGGUCUGCUGAAUGUCAAAGACCAAGUUUGUCUAUCAGAAGAGUGGAUGUCCUCUCAAAUUCAGAAAAGCAGUAAUCCUAUAAUGGAGCAAGUGAUGACAGUGGCGAGGGAUGGGCUCACUUGGGCCAAGCAGAUUGAGAGUGAUCUUGAUGGCAGGCGAAAGACGGUACCUCUGCACCCUGAGGCGGUUCACCAGCAACUCAGGGAUCUGAAAAGGCUGCAGUCUGAGGUCACAAUCAAACACAGUCAACUAAAAAUACAGGUAAAAGAGGUAGCAGGUUACUUACCACAGCUGGACCCAGCCGAGGAGAUACCUGUGGUUCAUUCUUUGCUGGACUAUCUAAAAGAAUGUUCAAAGUCAAUCACUGAGAAGUUAUCCAAAGCCAUGAAGGACACAGAAUCCGGUCUGCAGAUCAGGGAAAAGCUAUUUGAACAGAUUGCAGAUCUAGACACCUGGGUUGGGACUCAUCUGCAAAGAGUCACAGCCAAAAGCAUAGGUGGGGAAUGCAUGUGUCCUGCUGAGAUUGAUUACAGUGAGAUCCAAGAAACGCUUGUUGAAGCUAAAACACAGUCUGCUCUCUGCAAUGCCCUUUUAAAUAAGAGUAAAGACAUUUGCUCUGAGCUUAGCAUCACUGAGAAUUGCCAGCUUUUUGACAAGAUUAAAGACCUACAAAAAGAUAUUGACAUGAUCAGCAGCUAUGAAAAGUCUAACAAAAAUGAGCUAGAAGAACAUAUGCAAUCUUUGGAGUCAAACAAGCAACAGCUAGCCACUAUUGAAAAAAACCUGAGGGAAAUGCAAGUAGACUUGGGAAAAUUCAGGUUCCCUAUCACAAUAGAAUCCCUGCAAGUUUUGGAACCUUUCAAUCAAUUGCUUUUGGAACAGAAGUCACAGAUUGACAUUCUCCAAUCCCGGAUUCCACCAGAAAAAACAAUCGAACUAUACUCAGGCACUGCUGCAAUUCACAACCUAAUGACUAGUCUGCAAAUGAAGGCCAGAAAUCAUGAAAGGUACCUCAACCUGAGGCAACGUGCCGAAGACAUUAAAGAGGCUAUUGAGGAACAGGUCAACCAGACCAAUGAAGAGAGCAGGGAGGUGGCAGAGAAGUAUAAGAUCUGUCAAAAGCUUAUUUUCCAGUUCCCGCUGAUAAAAAAGCUAUGUGACGAGGCUGGAUCUGAACUCCAGGUGAUCCUGGCUGACCUAUACCCUUCACAACUGAGCUCAGAGCAACAGAGACUUCAACAACUUGAGGAAAGCUUCAAAAUCUUGGAGAAGAAAACCCUCAACGAUAUCAGCCUUUUUGAGUGGAGUCUACUGAAAGAAGUGGAUCUGGUCACAGAGAGAAACGCCACACGAGCCUCACUCAGAGAGGCUCUCCUGGAGCUCCAAAAACCCCCACUGAUGGAGCCAAACGAGAGAUCCAUUGAUAAGGAAUACCAGAGGAUAAUGUUUCUGAAAAAAACUGUUGAGUCAAGAAUGAGAGCCUUGGAGGUUUUAGAGCAGAACAAAGGACACACGGAAGGAACCAACACUUUAGAUCUUGAACACUUGAAGAAGGAAGUUCUACAUGAAUGUGACUCACAAAUGGACAAUAUCUCUGAUGCAAGGAUUUCUCUGAAGAACUACAUCUCUACUGUAAAACAAACACGAAAAUUCCUGAGGGACUCUGAGGUCUUUCUGUUACCCCUUCCUGGCUCAGCUGGAGUCUGUUGUGAAAAGUUGGAGGUGACCCAGCAGGUGUUGGCCUCCCUGGAAGACAACAUCCAGACUUACAUUGACCAGCUGAAAGGGGAAGAGACCCUGCAUCCUUACUUGUCCCUUGUGGAGGUAGAGCAACUCAAAGAGGCCAUUCUGAGCCAGUUCCUGGUGAGGAUUUCCACACUUAAGGCAAAGGGCUUUCUACAUUUGGAGAAUCUUACAAGCUGUGCUGAAAAUUACAGAAAUUAUACUAAAUUUAAUGAAGACAUCAGUCUGAGUGUAAGGAACACAGAGGAGAGCCUUGCACAGGUGGUCUCUCAGAAGGUCAACUCUCUGGCUGACUGUAGUGAACAGUUAGCUAAAGUUGUGGCAUUGCAAGAGGAGCUGGAUUGUCUGCAAAAACAUCUGGAAGAGGUGGUGGACUGGUGUCCGGAGCAGAGCUGCCGUGGACACCGGGAAACCUCAAUGGCCGCCGUAUGGAGACGCAUAGUAACACUCCGCCAUUGCUUUCAGCAGCUGACUCCUAGACUUAAACAAAUAAUUGUAGAAUGGAGUGACAUCACCUGCAGUGUGGAGAAAGCGUCCGCUUUACUGCAGCAGGUGGAGGCGGAGCUCCCUAAGCCUGCCCCGUUGAUUGCAUCUACCAAUGAGCUUCAUGAUCUGCAGCAGUUCUGGGAACAAUACCAGGACAGGCUGGACUGUGAACACAACUCUCUUUCUGCCCUUGAGUUACGCAUUACCAGGCUGCUGGGUAUCCCUGCCAAUGUGGAACCGGCUCCGCCCGCUCCACUCUGUCAGCAGCUCCAAGCAAUGCAGGCCAGGUACAAUAGUGUAAAGCAGACCAGCCGCGAGGGUUUGGCGUUCAUCAAGCUGGAUCUAGAGGAGAAAGAAAAAGUGCAGGAGGAGCUGCAGGUCGUUUGGGUUUGGUUGACCGCUGCUGACAGUCUGUUGUCAGAGAUGGACCCAAGCAGCAACACAGCAAAGCUGAAGGAGAUCCAUUGCCAGUUGUGCAUCCAGAAGGCUUUGGUCCAUCGCAUCAUGGAACGUAUAAAUACAAAAUACUCAGAGGCUGUGCCAGCCGAGAUCGGUGGCCAACUGCAGGAGAUUCAAAAGAUUUUACAACAAGUCGAAGUCAAGGUACAAGAGGCAAUAGAAAAGAGUGACCCUGUGCGCAGAAUCGGUGCAAAGCUGCUGGAAACCCACACUGGCUUGAGUUCAGUGCGGCAAACGCUGGAAGAGAAAAGUUCUACUGUAACAGACGCAAAGCUUACUCAGAAGCUGGUGUGGGACCAGUUGGACAGAUGGCACUCGAAUGUGGCAGCGCUGGAAACUGAUAUGCGGACCCUGGAGAGCCCGCAGGAGGCGUUGUCCCUCGCAGAGAGACUAACUGAGGUGCAGGAGCUCUAUGCUCAUCUAGCCAAGCAGGCGGAGCAUAAGACCACUCUCCUCAGCAAGAUGCAGACGUGGCUUCAGGAGCAUCAAGAAAUGAUCAACAGCUCCGAGAGUUGGAUGGCACAGACUCAGUCCUGGCUCGCCGCUCCUCGCACUUACACCACAGCUAAAUGUCUGAGCGACCACGUUCAAGCUCUGCAGACGGUCUUGAAAGACUCAACGCAGAUCCGCAGCACUUUGCAAGGUUUUAGUUCAGUCCUGGACGAAAUGUCUCAAGUGGUGGACGUGUCCGCUCUCCGGGAACAGCUCUCCCAAGCCGACCGCCAAGUGGCCGCCGUUCAAGACAGCUUUGCCGCUCCUUUGUCUCGACUCCAGCAGGCCACCUCCGAGGUGGAAGUGAUCGAGAGCGAGGUCAGGGAGAUGGAGAGCAACGUUGCUGAGAUCAAGAGUAUUUUAUCUUCUCCAGAGACUCUGCCCAGCCCCAAAGAGAGACGUCUCAAGGUGGUGGAACAGAAGAUCCACUCCAUGAGGAGCGGCAUCGCGGACAUCCAGAAGGCAAAACCGGAACUUCAUCUUCCAGAGAAGGCUGAGGAGACGCUGACCGUCUUCAGUGUCAUUGAGGAGCUGCAGAAGUUGCUGCUAGAACUGGAGAAGAAAGUCCCAGCUCUCUUUAUCCAGCAGCUUCCCACGCCACUCCAAGUCCCGAAGACCACAUCCCAAGCAGGAUCCAGCACGGAGGAAGCUGAGGAGAACGCCCAAAUCAUGAUCGCCCAUGUUGAGGAUGACGCGCUGCGACUCUCAGGAGCUACGUUGUUGACGGUUGAAAGAGCGACGCCCGAGCAGAGACUGUCAGAGACCGCUGACAGCCCGACGCGGCAAGGCGCUGGCGGCGAGGAGGCCUGUCAGGAAGUGGGAGGGCAGGAGCAGAGAGUGAAGGGAGGUGGAGGAGGUGUUGUGUGGUGGCUCUGGGAUGCUCUCCUGGGUGGUUCUUCUGAGCAACCGGACGCCCCUGAAAAGAGAGAACCUUCCGGUGAAGAAAGCGCCGAGCUGGCGUCGCCAGAUGACACCCAGGACGUGCCCGGCGCCGCUGACGAGCGUUCUCCCGAGGACCGGUCAGACGUGGAGAGCGAGAGCGCCGACGAGAGACUGGUAAACACGUCCUCCUCCACCGCAAACCUCCACAAAGCUCAGCAGAGAUGUGUGCUCUCGUAGAUCUAAGAAACGCGUCCUCUAGCCUCAGAACACCAGCGUCUCCUCCUUAUUCCAACACCAAAACCCCCAUGAGGCUUCAGGAGAGUAGAGAACCUAGUCCGAGAACUUCCUGUAGACCAAAGUCCUGAUUAAACGUGUCCCAGUCCAACCAGGGGUGACCAAUAUGCCGCCAUUUUGGUCCCACGGCUGGUUAUUUAUUGAACAAAUACAAUUAAUUGAUUAACAAUGAUAUAUUUUAUAAGAUUUUACAUGAGUUUGCUUGGUCAGCCUAUGAAAACAAAGCUAAGAUGGUUUGUUCAAGUAGUUUAUUAGCACAGGGGUGUCCAAACUGCGGCCCACAGCAUAUUUUUAAACGGCCCGCGGCACACUCGAUAGCAUUCUAAUAUCAGCAUGCUAGCUUUUUUGCUAAUUUUACAGGUAUACACCGCGGCAUCACAUUUUUUUGUUCCUUGACGAAUGACGCCCGUUAGCACGCUAGCUUUUUUUAAGCUAAUUUUGUUAGGUACACACCUCCAGUCAUAUUUUAAUACUUGAUGCAUGCUAACUUUUGUACGGAGCCCCUAAAGGGACAUGGGGGGGGAAAAAAUUGUUUAUAUUUUUUAUUUUUUUAUUUUUUAUUGUUAU